AUGCCACCCGACUCCGCGCUCAUCUUGUUGAUUUGUACUUGUUUAUAUUUUUCCUCCUUUUUUUUUAUUUUUUUUCUCGAUUCCUUACAUCUUGAUUUUCUUUAUUGCUUUUAUAUUUAUACUACCUUAUUUCUCCCUUCCAUCAUUUGCUUGGCCUUUUUUCCUUCUUCCUGUUUGUUUCCCUUCAUUUUAUUUUUAUAUCCCUUUUCAUCAUCAAUAACACAAAUAAUUGCCCCUUAUAAUUUUUAUAUUUUGGUAGUUGGAAUUUAUAUUUAAACUUGGAAAUUACUUUAAACUUAAAUCAGUCAGGUUCCUACGGACACCUAAAACACUCUCCUUUGUAAGUUAGAUAUGAAAGAAUGCUUUGGCCAAAGAACUCAUUUAACUCCUUGGCCACACAACUAUGAUUUAAAAUUUACUAGAUAACUUAUAGAGGGAUGAUAACUUUACAUUUUUCCUUAUGCCAUUGCUAAAACUUUUGAAAUUGUCAAAGGCUCCCUUCUUACUAAAGCUUCGCUCUUUUAGCCGUUUAUGUUUUGGCGCUUUUUUACGAUUAAAUACUUUAUCUUUUUAAUCUUUUUUUUGUAAAAUUUUCUUUUUGACUAUCUGGCCGGCCAAAUAUUCCUUCUAAAUUUUCUCAUCUUACAACCAUAUACAUUAAGUCUAAAACUCGCUCCUCCCCUUCUUCCCACCCCUUCUCCCAAUUCUUUUUCCUUCGACCGUUCCGCCUACUUCAAAUACUUCCCUCAUUCAUUCUUCAGCUUCAUUUUUACCACUUUCCUCCCUUUUUUCCCUCCUCAAUUCAAUUAUCCCGUGGCCAUCCUUAUUCAAUUAUCCCGUGGCCUUUUGGCUCUUGACCUCUCAUUUUUCUUUUUUGCUCCUUUCUCGACACUUUUCCCAAUUUUCCUUUUUAGCUUCCCCUCACAAAAAUAUAAUAAUGUUAGCUUCUUUUUUAUAAACAAAAAAAUCCAGAGAAUAACUUUUGGCUUAUUUAUAUUCCUUUUUUUGAUUAACAACUUCCAUAAAUUCUUUUUCUAUUUUUUCACCUUUCUUGACAUAUUUUUACUCCCUUUUUCUGAUACUCGUUGGC